AAUCAAAUUUACACGAAACCUUAACACAAAAAAAUUAUAUGUUUUUCUUAUCAAAAUCUUUUCCUCAUUAUCUUUUGAUCUCUAAAUAAACAAAAGCUCGUUUGAAGCGGCCUUUUUGAACUCCCGGUCGUACCGUGUAGAGCACCCCAAUCUGCCAAAGGAAAUACGUGCACACUGUCAAGUUUGGCGUUUCCUGUCUUUCUUUCCUCCCGGCCAAUCGCAUCACGUGCGUCAGAGUUCCUUGGAAAUUAUUCACCGAAACUUGUGCUCCCCAAAUCCCACGAUUAUAUUUUAUCCCAAGCGAUGGGCAAGAAGCAAAAGUUGAGGAAGGCCGCCCAGAUGGCGGCCAACGCAAGUGCCGCCGCCGCGAAAUUGCAAAAAGAAAUUGAGCUGAUGGGUGAAAUGGUGGCCGGCAAGGAGAAGACUCAAGGCGGAUCCGGCAAGGAUCCAGCCCCAUGCUGCAGUGGGCAUAAAGGAAAGCCCUACAGCAAGGACGAAGUGGACCCCGGCUACCGCAACAAGAUCAAGAAGCUCAUGGACCUGGCCCAACAGCUGCCGAGCAAUGUGCUGACUCUGCAGAAAUCGCAGGAGGAGAAGCAGCAGGUCACCUUAGAGGACUCUAGCGGAGAGGGUGACAGCACCGACAGCGAGGACGAGGCACCAGACCUUGUGGAUGCCGAUCCAAAGAUCCCCAAGCUGGGCGAUCUGAGCUCGCUGGGCACGCUGACCCUGCGCUCCUCGGAUGGGCCCAAGCAUUCCCGGGGCGAGAAGAAGGCCCGUCGCAUCCUCAUGAAGCUAGACCUCAAGCCCGUCGAGGAUGUGGCCCGGGUGACCAUGAAGAAGAACAAGAAUGUCCUGUUGUACAUCGACAAGCCGGAUGUGUUCAAGGUGCCGCACUCGGAGACGUUCAUCUGCUUUGGUAAGGUGCGCGUGGAGGACAUCAGCUCGUCGGCUGCCGCCUCCCAGGCAGCUGCCAAGGCCGCCGAGCGUUUCCGUGUGCCCUCUCCUGCCGGCGGGGAGAAGGACAAGAAGGACGGGGUAGCCGCAGGCGGGGAAUCUCUGGCCGAUGACGACGAAGAUGGCGAAGGGCUGGAUGAGGCCGCCGCCAACCUGGACGAGAAGGACAUCGAACUGGUUGAGAUGCAGGCCGUCUGCUCGCGCAAGAAGGCCAUCAGGGCUCUGCUGAUGAACGAUAACGAUGUGGUCAACGCCAUCAUGGCCCUAACUGUGGGCUAGCCUCUCCUCAUUCCAAGUUCAUCGAUUCGCAAAUUGCUCUUCGUGACAUGUUUAAAUUCAAAACCAAUCUGUAUUGCAAUUUGUAAACUAAAUUUUGAAUACACCAAAUUCACUUGAGGAUAUAUGAAACUCCAA